GAAGAAAAAGCAUUCCAGUAAUGCCUCCAAAACGCAAGUACACACGAAGAGGCAAACAAGCUGAGGAAGAAGAGGAGGAAGUAAAGCCAGCUGUGGAAGAAGAGGCUGCAGUUGUGGAAAGUGCUGCAGAUGACGAAGUAGAAAAAACAGUUGAGGAAGAGGAGAAGACCUCAGCACCUGAGGAGGAAGAGGUAGAUGAGGAAGAACAAGCUCCAGUUGUAGAAGCAAGAGUUCUGAGGAGUGGAGGAAAAAGUGUUUCAGUUUCUCCUCCAAAAAGCAAGCCGGGAAGAAAAGGUAAACAGCCUGAGGAAGUGGAGAAGCUGGAGGAGCCAGAGGAGGAAGAGGCAACUGAGGAGGAAGAAGAGGCACUCGUAGUGGAAGCCAGAGUUCUCAGGAAAGGAAGGAGAUCUGCCCCUACAACUGCCCUUGCUACACCUAAACGCAAAUCCACACGAGCCAGCAAGCAUCCUGAGGAAGAGGAGGAUGUGGAGGCAACGGCUGAACCUGCACCAGAAGCAAUGGAGGAAGAGGUGGGGGAAGAGAAGGAAGCGGAGAUAGUGGAAGAGGAGAAGGUUGAGGAAGCUGCAGCUGAAACUGCACCAGUGGAAGAGGAGAGUGUUGCAGAAGAAAAGGUGGAGAAGUAAAAUCAGUGGAGGGAGAAGGAACAACUCUGGAAGAGGAAAAGGUGGAGGACGAGAAGGAAACUGAGAUAGUGGAAGAAGACGUUGAGGAAGCUGCAGCUGAAACUGCACCAGUGAAAGAAAAUGUGGAGGAGGAAGAAGAAAAGGAAGCAACUGUUGAAA